GGCAUUUCACGUGCCGUAGUCGAUGGUGCAACUAAGACUUUUGUCUGUAUAGGGAUUUGAUCAUGCUUUCGGUUCGUUCACAUGAUUGAUGUGUGCAUUGGAAUUCGAUUGCUUCUGUCUAAGACAACGACCUCAUCGGAUGUUUUGUUUGUCAUACGAAACGAAGUCUGCGAAUACGAUUUGUUCGACAGCCAUCGCUAUAUAUAAGAACCUCAACUUCAUCGGGACAACGACAUCAAUCGAUCAUAGUGAUCAUCAUCAACAUGAGCGGAUCUAUCAUUCCAACUUCCGACGAUCGUAUCGUUGAGCCUAUCGAAGAGGCCAUCAUCAUCUUCGACGAUCUUCUGGACAAACUACGCAUGUUUCUUGCCGCACAUGGACCGGAGAUCGAUGCAUUCCGCUCCUCCAACCCACCCAAAGUCACUGUUAGUGACACCAUGCAGAACAUCCUUCACGGGUUCGGUGGCCGCGGUCUCGUCAGCCUUGCCAAAAGUCCCGUCCCAGACUCUCUCGAGGCUUUCAACGAGAUGGGCCCCAAGAUCUCUCAGCAGAGUAUCAACACCUCCAACGCCAUGCUGCCCCAUAUCAUCUACAGAAUCACCGACGCCCCUGAGAUACCUGCUGGAGAGUCAGACAAGAUGGCCGAUGCUACUGUGCCCGAGCUGUAUACCGCCAUCUGCCCCCGUCUCGCUCUCGGCAACGACGUCCACAUGACUUUCAAGAGAGUUGGAAAGGCCACCCUUGAAGGACUGCAGCGUAUGAAGGAGCAGAAGGAGGAGUGGGCAUCGAUUUGGGAGGAUGGAAUGAAGUUGUUUGAGCCCGAGACCGUGGCUCUCAGCUUCAACCAGAUCCAGGGGGCUUUGAAGAAUCUGGAGGAAACCAUGAAGGGAUGUCUCCGUAACAUCCACGCUCUCCAGAUGAAGAAGGGAUGGUAGAGCAUCUAGCUUCUUCCACGGAGUCUGGUUGUUCAAAAGCCAUAGAAAGGCACAAUCAAGAGCGACAUUAUGUUCUUCCUCGC